GCGAUUGUUGGAAAAAACCAGAAUUUCAAUGGGUCACGUGAUGAUAAUCCAAAACGCAAGGUCAAUUAUAAUCUAACCCUCAAAGAAGAGAAUUAUAUAAGAUUACGAUGCUUAAAAUGAAGUGAAAAAUAAGAUGCAUAUGUAGGCGGACGACAAGGCAUUAAAUAUAAUUCGACAAAAAAAGCUUCCAACUGAACAACAAAAUAAGAUAGAGAAUUAGGAAAAGUUAACCUGUACGGGUGGUUAAUGGUAAAAUGGCUUUUCCAAUGAAAGAUGUACGACUGCCUGAAACGAUACCGGAUUUAUUGUUACAAAAGCAUGCUGAUUAUCUUGUUUCCUACGAAUCGAAUAAAGAUGAUUAUAUAAAUUGUAUGACAGAACAUCUUCGUAUGUCUGGAAUAUAUUGGGGCUUAACUGCGCUCGAUUUAAUGGGUCAGUUAGAUCGCAGUAAUAAGGAAACGAUCUUAGAUUUUGUUAAAAAAUGUCAGCACGACUGUGGUGGCAUUAGUCCAAGCAUUUGUCACGAUCCACACAUGCUUUCUACGCUUAGUGCUAUUCAAAUUUUAUGUAUAUACGAUGCUAUUGAUGUCAUUGACGUUGAAAAAGUUGUGAUAUAUAUAAAAGAGAGGCAAUUACCAGAUGGCAGUUUUACAGGUGACAUAUGGGGUGAAGUGGAUGCAAGGUUUACUUUUUGUGCAAUUGCAUCAUUAUCCCUAUUGAGUCGUCUUGAUGAAAUAAAUAUUGAUAAAGCUGUUGAAUUUAUUAAAAGUUGUAUGAAUUUUGAUGGUGGCUUUGGUUCGAAACCUAGUUCAGAAAGUCACGCUGGUUUAAUUUAUUGUUGUCUUGGAACUUUAUCUAUAGUUGGUCACCUGCAUUUAGUUGACGCAGAUAAAUUAGGUUGGUGGCUCUGUGAAAGACAAUUACCUUCAGGGGGUUUGAAUGGGAGACCAGAAAAAUUGCCCGACGUGUGCUAUUCAUGGUGGGUGCUAUCUUCACUUACAAUAUUAGGACGCUUUCAUUGGAUCGACAAAAAUCAAUUAGUGACUUAUAUAUUAGCUUGUCAAGAUACGGAAACAGGUGGGUUUAGCGAUCGACCUGGUGACAUGGCGGAUCCCUUUCACACAUUAUUUGGUCUUACAGCUAUUUCAAUGUUGGGUUGUGACAAAUCAUUAAAAGAAAUAAAUCCCACAUAUUGUAUGCCAGAGUAUGUGAUAGAAAGAUUGGGUUUAAAACCUGAUCGUUUAGAUAGAUUAUAAAACUUUGUAAUAAAAGAAACGAGAUAAUAUAUUCUAUAAUAUAAUUUUAAAACUAAU